GUUUCGUGGCGCCGGUCGGUUCCCUUAGUAACUGUUGGCUACCGGUUUUGAGUGGCUCCUGGAGCUGCCGGGAGGCGUCGGGGACUUCUUUGUCCUCCGCGGUCUGCGAGCCUAACCCUGCCCUUUUCCAAGGCCCUAGGUGUCUGGAGCCGCUGGCGUUCCGUUCCCUUGCCCUGGGCUGCGCCUCAGGCUGUGGUCUUAGAACCUGGCUCUUCGUCCGCCCGCUCCCUCCUCCCGCUUCCAGGAAACCGCCGGGCGAGUCCCUAAGCAGGCCGGACAGCAGCGAGCAGAGUGGGCCGUGGAUGUGAGGCUGCCCCCCUCCAUGCUGAGGAGCCGCCGGGUCCCUUGUCCCGCGGCCUGGAGGACAAGAGCCUAAGAUGUUUCCAUUUGUGUAAAUAAUUUGUGAAUAUUUGCUUUGGGAGUUGAAAACUAUCUGCUGAUUAUGGCUCAUCAAUAUUCAAAGGAAAAACUAGAUGAAGAGUUUGAGCAAUUUAUGAAAGAGUCUCUUUCAGAGGAUUCAUUUGGAAACUCAAAGAAGACAUACAGAUGUCAUAGAAAAAGAGAUUUGAAGAAGAAAAAUUCUGCACCAUGGUGGUUAACAGAUGAUGAUUUUGAAGAUGAUGGAGCACUUGGAACAAAUAUAAACUUUUUGAAAUCACAAAAGGUGUCCCAACCUGUUGUUGAGGUGGAAGAAGCCACUGGCAAGGUGUACCUCUGCAAGAGCAGUGGGACUUCUGUGAUAAGCGGAGACAGUUUAGAAACAAAUGAUUCAGUUGUUGCUUCUGGGCCUAAUCUUGCCAUUUUGGGAUUGGAUACAUUAGAAGAACAAGAAGAAAAGGAAAGAUUUUUUGCCAUACUUGAAAAAGGCCUAACAUCAACCAUUGAUUAUUCGAAAUUAAAUAAGGAAUUGGAUUCUAAUGAGUCUACAAAAUUAAAAGAUUUCCUCAGAAAUAAAACCAAAAUGGAAUCAACUGAAGAUGAAAAUGAGGAUGAUUCUAAACAUGAGGAAAUAGCAGAAAAUUACAGUGAUGAUUUUGAAGAUGAGGGAGACGCUGAUGUAUUGUCACCUACCGAAAAGGAAGAAAAUCAAAACAAGCAAAAUCCCAAAUCUUUAGAAGAGAUAAAUGCUCCAGCCAAGAAAGAAGAGAAAACUGGCAUGCUAGCCAAUGUCAUGCUGCUGGAUUCAUUAGAUUCAGUUGCAGAAGUGGAACUGGAUUCUCAAGAUAAAACAACAACCAAAUUACAAGCACAGCCAGAAGUUACUGAUAAUGAAAUGACCAGGACAGGUAUGUCUUACGGACAAAGCAACAGUGACCUGGAAGCACUGCAUCAGGCCUAUCAUCAUAUUGAUCAGUCUUUGGGAGACACAGAUGAACACAAAAUUGAGAGUAGCAAGAGCUUACUGCAGGAUGUUCCUCAGGAAACGGAUGAGUGCUCAAAAAACAUCUCUACUCCUGAAUCUGACCUGCAUACUGUAGAGGAGUUGAUGAAGCCUAUUAGAAUGGAUUCAUUACAUGGCAACUGUUUUGGUGGGCAGCCUGUCAGCACGAAAAAACUGAUUGAUAGCAAGACAACUGAAUUUGUUAGUCCUCUGCCUCUUAAGAAACAACCUCCUGUAAUGUCUCAUGAGCAGCAGCAGCAGCAGCAGCAUUUGGAUCAGUUUUUUGAAAAGAAUGAGAAGAAUACUUUUUUGCAAAAGACUACAAACAAAAUUAGCGAAAGUAGUUUGCCAAGAGUGACUCCGACUGAAGAACAUCUAGAUAAAAUGCACCUUGAUCUUUUAAGAAAAAAACUAUCCCAAGAUUCUUCACCUUUAUUUCAUGAUAAUAAAAUUAAUCAAGCCAUCAGACCUCAGUUUCCUCAGCUGAGCUCCGGAGAGGAUGCUAUCAGUCCUAUUAUCAAUAAACAGGCAACAUCCAAGAAGACAAGAAGUACACCUCCUUUACUUAAGAGAAAAUCACAGAGUGGACCCUAUGCAUCUGUGAGAAGCUCGGGAUAUGGAAAAUCAUAUUCACCAUUAAAAGCUUUUUCUACUGUUGAAAAGAAAACAUCAAAGGACAUUAUGAAAAAGGAAAACUUAAAAUCCAAAUCCCCUCCAUAUAAAAUCAGGCAAAAAGGAAACUUAUUUGCAACAAAACUAAUAAGAUCUGGAGCUGCAGGUAAACAAGUAACCAAAACUGAAAGUUGCCUAACCACUCCUAAUAAAUCACUUGCUAAUGACCCUCAGCAUCAAGUUCCACCAGAAGUAGACUCCCAAGUGCUGUGUCAGUAUGAUUCCAUCCUAUUCCCUGUGGGAAACCAAGAGAGAGAAUUGUAUUGGCUAAAAAGGGUUCAAGAUGCAGAAGAAAAGUGGAGUGGAGCUCAAGCCAUAAUUGAACAAAUUAAAGCUACCUUCUCAGAGAAAGAGAAAGAACUUGAAAAUAAGAUGGAAGAAAUAAAGAAACAACAGGAAAAAGAACUUUUUAGAGUGAAUCAAGAUAAUUAUAUACUUCAAGCCAAGUUGAAUAGCUUUGAAGAGACAAACAAAAAGCUAAAAUGGUUUAACACUGGAGAAACAGCUGGGCCCAUCUCUGAAGAAAAAUUAAAGCAAAUCCAGAAAGAAAUCCAAGAACAGGAGACCCUUCUUCAAGGAUAUCAGCAAGAAAAUGAAAGAUUAUAUAAACAAGUAAAAGAGCUUCAAGUACAAAAUAAGAAAAAUGAAGAAAGACUAUUUAAAGAAAAUCAGUGCUUAUUGACUGAAUUGGCUUCCUUAAAAGAACAGCUGAAUAAAAGUAGUUUCCCAUCUCAAGUAGUUCAAGAUUCAGAGCCAAACAAAAACCAAAGUUUUACAGAAUUGCUGGCAGAACUUCGAACAACACUGAAAGAAAAAAACAGAUUAUUAGAAGAGAUUAAAAUACUGAAGCAAGACAAACAAGCUCUUGAAGUGGACUUGGAAAAGAUGAAGAAAGAGAGAGACCUUGCUAAGGAUCAGAUUAUUUAUACUUCAGGUGAGAAAUCACAUGAGAUAAAGCUCAUGGAAGAAACUCACAAACAAGAAAUCACUCGUUUGCAGAAGAGAUUACAGUGGUAUGCAGAAAAUCAGGAACUUUUGGAUAAAGAUACUGUUCGACUUAAAGAGGCAAAUGAAGAAAUUGAGAAGCUCAAACUCCAGGUUGAAAAACUGAAAACAGAAGCCGGGAAUCAGUCUGUACAACAGAAGUUACGUCUGAAAGACAGAGCAGUUGAUGCUAAAAAAAUUCAGGAUCUUGAACGACAAGUUAAAGAAAUGGAAGGAAUUAUAAAAAGAAGGUAUCCUAAUUCUUUACCUGCUUUAAUAUUGGCUGCCUCAGCAGCAGGUAAUACAGAUAUUUCACCUAAAAAUACAGUUGAAUUUAUGGAAAAACGCAUAAAAAAAUUAGAAGCUGAGCUUGAGGGUAAAGAUGAAGAAGCAAAAAAAAGCCUUCGUACUAUGGAACAGCAAUUUCAAAAAAUAAAGAUUCAAUAUGAGCAACAAGUGAAGGAGCUUGAACAACAUCUUGCCAGUAAAUUAACAGAUGAGGAAAAGAAACAUGAAAACUCAGCCAGUAUGAAGGCCCUGGAGCAAGAACUUUGUGACAUGAAAGAGGCCCAUCAGGUAACUGUAAAAACCCUGGAAGAUGAAAUUGAAAUUCUUAAAAAUCAAAAUACCCAGUUAGAAUUCAACAAGAAUGAAAGAGAUGAUCAAGAUUUCCAGUCUUUAGAGUUCCAAGUGGAGCAGGCUUCCACAAAAGCCAGACUAGUGAGACUUAAUCAAGAACUGGCUGCAAAAGGAAGAGAAAUACAAGAUCUUACAAAAACCGUAGAAAAACUUCAAAAAGAGAGACGACUGAUGCUGUCCACUCAGAAUGCAGCGGACAAACCUGGAAGUGAGGAAAGAUCUGCCAAAAAGGGGAAGAAGGAAUUUUUGGUCUCCAGUAAAAGGAAUGCUGAGUCCUUCCCAGAAACCUUGGCUAGCAAACUGUAUGAACCACAUGCCUUUGCAGAUUCCCACAUAUCAAAAGUUUUACAAGAAAACUCCAGAUUAAAAAGUGAGCUGGAACGACUGACUUCUGAAAUGAAUGAGCAGAGGGCAAAGUCUGGAGCAGCACUUGCCCACUCUGAAAGUACUGUGAAAAGAACCAAAGAAGAUGCAGCAGAGCAUAUUGCUGCCCUCAAAGCCUCUCAUCAGAGGGAAGUAGAAAAACUUCUUUGCCAACAUGCAAUAGAAAAUUCUUCUUCCAAAGUAGCUGAGCUAAAUCGCAAAAUCUCAACACAAGAGGUCCUUAUAAAACAUCUCCAAACACAGGUUAGUGAGCUGCAAGGAAGUAAAGAAUCCUUAGCAGUUUCUCAAGUUCGAGAGGAAAUCCUUCAAAAAGAGAUUUCAAAACUGUUGGAAGAAUUGCGAGAGGCUAAAGAAAGCCAUACCCCAGAGAUGAAACAUUUCAUGGGUCUAGAAAGGAAAAUCAAACAUAUGGAAAUGAGGCAUGUGCAAAGAGAGCAAGAGCUUCAGCAGGGAGUUCCGAAGUUUGCUCUGCCACCGAGCAAGCGUCCUGAAAGAGCUGCAGACGCUGGCCUGAAGGCCACUAACCAGGACGGGCAGCAAAGGGGUAGAGGUCGCCACGCAAGGGGUCUUUUGAAACCGCUAAGCCCAGUUACUGGGGAGCCAAGGCCGGAGAAGGCAAGAAAAGUUCUUUCCGUGGGUGGGGGGUCCACGGACACCCACUCCCUGGACUUAGGAGCCCCGGGUUUCUUCUUCAGCCAAUUUCCCGAAGGCCUGAUGUGUACAAAUGCAAACCACGGGCUGGAGGGGAUGGUUGUCUACCUGGUCUCCCUUCCAUUCCAGUCCACUGUGCUCCCAUCAAAAAACCAUCUUUACAUUACAAAAGCCAACCUACUCUUACCAAAGCCGGAAACGCCUGCACGAGGUCCCACUGCCCUGGCAUUUCUGCCCCCACCCCUAGGUGGCAGGUCCCUCGCGCCCACUUGCUACCUGCAGCAGGUAGGAGCUGUCAGAGCUAGAUGUGGCCGCCCGCUGCAGCUGCCUCUGCUGCUCUGCCAGACUGCGAGCAAGUUGUUCCUAGCCAGGGGAGGUGCGCGCUUCCGAGCCGCAGUGGAGGGAGGGGAGGAUGGAGGGCGGAGGGCGGGGGAUGGCUGGGGGUGGAGGGAUGGAGAGAUAGAGCAGAGACAAGAAAGGAGCGUGAAUUGGGAGGUCAGCGGUCACCUCUAA